GCAAUACGACAUCAGUUUACAAUUCACUGAACUACAAUAAUCAUGAAGGCUUUCAUCGUUUUGGUUGCUUUGGCUUUGGCCGCCCCCGCUUUCGGUCGCACCAUGGACCGUUGCUCCCUGGCUCGUGAGAUGUCCAACUUGGGUGUUCCUCGUGACCAACUCGCUCGCUGGACCUGCAUUGCUGAGCACGAGAGCUCCUACCGCACCGGUGUUGUGGGCCCUGAGAACUACAACGGCUCCAACGACUACGGUAUCUUCCAGAUCAACAACUACUACUGGUGCCAGCCUGCCAACGGUCGCUUCUCCUACAACGAGUGCGCCCUCAGCUGCAACUCUCUGUUGACCGAUGACAUCACCAACUCCGUCCGUUGUGCCCAGAAGAUCCUUGGCCAGCAGGGCUGGUCCGCCUGGUCCACCUGGAAGUACUGCGAUGGUUACCUGCCCUCAAUUGACAGCUGCUUCUAAGCUGUUUUUCCUUGAGUUCCUAAUAAAAUACAUUUUCUAAUUCA